AUGGGUGAGCGGGAGAAUGAGUCUUUUGGACCGCGGUUUAUCCGAACGCUGGGUUCACAAUCCAUAAGCGUUAUUAACCCGCUUUCUAGCCAACCUUCUUCUAUUUCACAGUCACCCGCGCAGCCAAAGGCAAACACUAAUACACAAACUACCGCAACGGCCAGCAUAUCACCCACUGCAUCGGUCACACCAUCCUCAAAUUACAGAGUGGCGCAAGCUUGCGACCGAUGCCGCUCGAAGAAAACGCGCUGCGAUGGUAAAAGACCACAGUGCUCACAGUGUGCAGCAGUCGGGUUUGAAUGCAAAGUCAGUGACAAGUUGUCGCGCCGAGCCUUCCCUCGUGGCUACACUGAGACGCUCGAAGAGCGUGUCAGGGAGUUAGAGGCUGAGAACAGGAGGCUCGUGGCUCUAUGCGACUUGAAGGACGAGCAGAUGCAUUUGGUCUACAAGUAUUCGUCCAAUAAACGCCCAGAACCCUCUUCGACUGAAGAAGAGCAAAUGCUGGAGCAGUUGAGCAGCUCUAAUGGUGGCUCUCUUCGCGUCAGUUCUACUAACCUGUACCUACUUAAUAAAACGUCACCAGCAGGUCAUGAAGUCCCCGAGAACCACAAAUGUCAAGGCAUCGAUUGCAACCAUACUUCACAUCCACAUCUGCAUGAGAAGCCUGUAAGCACUACGCUAAGCGACCCUACAACAAUAUCCUUCGAGCAGCACGAAGCGCCGGGUCUUCCUGCUGUCAAAGCUCUCAGUUCCAUGGCCAACCAUGAAUACUCAACGCAGCUUGCCUGUCUGGUGGCUCUGUCAGUACCGCGCUCUACCGAAGAGAUUUUGUUUAUUCCCCAGCUUCUAGCGAGACUUGGACAGGUUCAUGGCCUCACAUCCAAGCAAUGUUUGUAUACAGCCUCACUUUUAGCAUCAUUGAAGGAACCGUCGCAAGCGGUAGUUCCAACGACAGAUGGCUUAACUGAGCUGAAAUGCACGAGCUUGUGGGAGAUAGAUGACCCUAUGCGUUUCUUCAAGGAUUCUUGUAAGUUUAACUUGGGCUCUGAUAACGACGUGGAACUUUUGUCAAUCUCUGAGAUUGAAGACCUCAUCUCUAUUUAUUUCGAGGAGUGCCACGCUUUGAUCCCUGUAUUGAAUGAAAAUGAAUUUUACAAGUACUACAACAAAUUCAAGGAAAGCCUCACCGUGGAUCCGAAUUUUUUUGGCAAGGCUAACUCAUCAUUUGCGCACCGCAGUAAAUCCAUCUCCUACAAAAUAUUUGCUUGCAUUUUACUUGUGGUUUGCCAACUGGGUAUUAUGAGCAAGGUUAAAAGAGAGCAGCUUCCAGCAAAGAGUAAAUUCUCUCGGAUUAUGGCCUACUAUAACAACGCAAUUUUGGCACUGAAACUAAAUCCCUAUUUUUCGGUCAAGACCACCUCUGUAAAAACUCUUCAGUUGAUGUCCCUGCUAUUAUUUUACUUUCUGAAUGUGGGUGAAGUUUCUUCAGUUUACGAAUUAAGGGGUACUAUUGUUUCUAUGGCACAACAGCUUAGGUUGCAUAGAUGCCCCAGUGCAGUUCUUGGAACAGAAGGUUCCACUAUGAGCAAGAGCGAACAAGGCGACCGGAGACUUUUGUUUUGGGGAAUUUACUACUUAGAUGUCUUCUCCGCUUUACAAUUGGGUGUACCACGUCUACUCAAAGACCAUGAAAUCGAGUGCGCGCUCCCUAUUAGUGAAAAUGGACAUCCCGGUGUUAGCUUAGCGGACCAAGUGAUAAGGCUGGAAGGCCAAGUUUCGGAGUUUUCGUUGUCUUUGCUGAGAUUUUCUAAAAUUUUGGGAAACAUUUUAGACUCAAUUUUUAAGCGAGGAAUGACAUCUUCUAUCGCACAGCAAGUUGCUUUGAUCCAUGAGAAUGCUUUGGAUAGUUGGAGAAGAGGUUUACCUAAAAAUCUCACAUUCGAGCUUGAUGUAAAUGGCACCAUUAACAUGGAAGAACUCAACAGCGGAAGUCAUUGGAAAAAAGAUUACUCGACCGCACCUUCCUGCGACAAUAGGACGCUCAUGGUUCUUUACUUCCUGGUGAAGUGCUUAGUCCAUUUGCCCGUCCUCGCAGCAAAACCUCUACUUGGCGGGGCCUCAGAAGUCGACACGGACGCUACGCUAGCUUUCGAUGAUGCAUCCAGUGGCGCUGACCGCUCUUCCUCAUCUUACGUUCUGCUACAGCAAGCGACAAACACGUUCCUCAGCGUUCAAUCCUCUCUGAAAUCACGUCACCUGCCACUUGCAUUAAACUUGCCCCGAAUCAAAGCGCGUUUUGCCCUCUUGAGCGCUCGCGGUAUUUUAGAGUACACGAAGGGUGGCGCUUUGUUCCAAGGCAACAAGGCGCUAUUGUUGGAUGUUGUCAAAGAGUUGGAAACAACGAAAAGGCUAGAGAUUCCAGGCUCUCUUUCGUGGCAUAGCUUGAUUUUGUUGGAUAUGGCAGUCUCGUUGAUCAUGCAACCGCCACACACAAAAGCUGGAAAGCUCGACAAGCUGUUAGAGGCAAAACUGAGCUAUUACAACAAAUUAAUGGGCCGGUCUGCUAAUGUUGCUAGUACAAAAAGGAAGAAGGAGGAGGAUAACACAAGCUUAUCAAACGCAACCAAGCUUACUCCUUUGAGCUCAGACAGUAGCUCCCCAUCAGAGAAGAGGGUUAAGCUUGAACACACAGACAAAGUGGGUGAGACCCCAGUUGGUGUGGAGAAUACUGGGCAACCUAAUGGAAAUACACAGGAACAUUACGCCGCAACUUGGUCCAACCAAAACCAACCGCACAGCACUGUUGCAGAAGCAUUUCACCUCGACCCUGUUUUAAACAAUAAUCCCUUCAGCAAUGGGGACUUGACAGCUUUUUUUAGCACCGACAACGGUAUGCCUAACCUUAGUGGCGGUGCAUCGAUGCUGAAUAUGGUCGGCGUUGAUCAAGCGCACAGUACUGCUGGAAAUGACGCCCAGAACACCGUCAAUGCUAACAGCCAGCAGAGCACAUUAUUCAAUGACGGGCUUUUCCGCGUCCCAAGCAAUGGAGACUUUUUAAAGGACUACUAUCGUGUUCCCGGCGCUUCUUCGUCACAGUUGAAUCUCAUGCUCAUGGGGUCUGGCUCUUCUGGCUCCAACCAGCGGCAGGCAAAGCAGCAACAAACAAACACGACUGAUCCCGGCUUCGGCUUUACGGUUGAUGCCUCGCUCGGACUAGCACCAUUAUUGGCAUGGUCUCCAGAAGCAGCGCAGGAACCAAUAGCAGAAACUUCUGAUCAUGAUACACGUAAUGAUUCAGGGCUUCGCCGAAAGUCCGGCGCAGAAACCGCUGGUGUACUGGUUGCUGGGCAUUCGCAGCUGGCUGACUCUUCUACUGAUCCGGCAUCGCAGCAACAACGCCGUGUCGGCAGUUACGAUCAUACUUACGCACAAGAUCAAUCUGUGGAAGAUUCUGCGAUUACAAUGCCAACACGGCCCCACCGAGGUCCUCGGCGCCGCUGGAACUCCACAACUGGCGCUGCAGCCAUUACACCUAAUUCAGAUCGUCCUCGUAAUGCUCCAGCUUCGGAAACAGAUGAGAACUUACAAGAUUUAUUCCGCUGGCAGAAUUCUGGAUUUUAA